GAGAUAAUACACACAGGGGAGAAGCCUUACCACUGCUCCCAGUGUGGAAAGAGUUUUAACCAUUUAGGGACCCUGAAAGUUCAAGAGAUAAUACACACAGGGGAGAAGCCUUACCACUGCUCCCAGUGUGGCAAGUGUUUUAACCAGUUAUGGAACCUGAAACAACACAAGAGAAUACACACAGGGGAGAAGCCUUACCAAUGCUCCCAGUGUGGAAAGUUUUUCAGCCAGUCAGGGGAUCUGGAAAAACACGAGACAAUACACACAGUGGAGAAGCCUUACCACUGCUCCCAGUGUGGGAAGUGUUUCAGCCGGUCAGGACAUCUGAAAGAACACGAGAGAAUACACACAGGUGAGAAGCCUUACCACUGCUCGCAGUGUGGAAAGAGUUUUAACAAGUUAGGGAACCUGAAACAACAUGAGAGAAUACACACCGGGGAGAAGCCUUACCAUUGCUCCCAAUGUGGAAUGAGUUUCAACCAGCCGGGGGAGCUGAAAUGGCAUGAGAGAAUACACACAGGGGAGAAGCCUUACCAUUGCUCCCAAUGUGGAAAGUGUUUCAACCGGCCGGGGGUUCUGAAACAGCAUGAGAGAAUACACACAGGGGAGAAGCCUUACCACUGCUCCCAGUUUGGGAAGAGUUUUAGCGAUUUAGGGAGCCUGAAAAGACAUGAGAGAAUACACACAGGGGAGAAGCCUUACCACUGCUCCCAGUGCGGAAAGAGUUGUAACGAUUUAGGGAACCUGAAAAAACAUGAGCGAAUGCACACAGGGGAGAAGCCUUACCACUGCCCCCAGUGUGGAAAGUGUUUCAACCAGCCGGGGGAGCUGAAAUGGCAUGAGAGAAUACACACAGGGGAGAAGCCUUACCAUUGCUCCCAAUGUGGAAAGUGUUUCAACCGGCCGGGGGUUCUGAAACGGCAUGAGAGAAUACACACAGGGGAGAAGCCUUACCACUGCUCCCAGUGUGGAAAGCAUUUUAACCAGAAAGGACACCUGAACAAACAUGAGAGAAUACACACAGGGGAGAAGCCUUACCACUGCUCCCAACGUGGAAGGAGUUUCAACCAUCCGGGGGAGCUGAAACGGCAUGAGAGAAUACACACAGGGGACUUGCUGUCUUAUAUUGUUGACUGAUAAUGAU